AUGCCUCACUUCGAACCGUCGAUGGCGAUCACUACGCGCGAUAAAUUGACUGACGUCGCCGAUUCACCCGUGCAGGUUCACCACGAUCCUUGGAACCUCCCUUACUGGCUGGUGAACGUACCUCAAUCACAAUGGACUACUGAGUGUCCCAGCUUUCUUCAAAACCAAUCAUCGAAGAAUAUCCGGUGUCUCUCUACGCCUGAUACCCACUACCAGCGACAAAACUGGGAGCUGGUCCAGGCUAUAAUCAGAACAAACCGGAUCGAUCGAUUCCAACGCGUGCCAAGCGACCUACGCAAAUAUCUGGAAUAUACAGCUCAAAUCAAAGCCCAGUAUGGCUCCGUGAUGCGAUUUGUGGUGAAGGAGAGACUAGAAUGGGGCGACGGACACGCAGAUGAUCUAAAGCCCAAGGGAGGCUUGUUCGAGUUCAACGAGGACAUCCGAAUUCUAUAUAACGACUGGCCCUACGGUGUUGACUCUGACAUUAUCCACCUGGUAGUAUGGACCAAGUUCCAGUUUCCAGAUGACUCAGUGGGUAAUCUUACCGACGAGGCACGAGAGGCUAUAGAUCAGUAUGUGCGGCGCAUUUUUCACUCAGUGGCGGCUGAGCAAGUGGUCUGGUUCAGAAACUGGAAAUCACUCAAAUCAGUCCACGCGGUUGAACAUUUCCACGUCAUGCUCCAUCGACCGGAUCUGGCAUUUGUGAGGGAGAUCACCCGUGGAGACGUUCCGCUAAUCAAACGGGUAUGA